AAACAUUCACUUUCCAUGAAUUCAGGAAGUGCUCAGGGAUCAUUUCCUGAAAAACUAUGUUUUGAUUUUUCUCACGGCAAGCCGGUUGAUCCUGAAGAUUUAAGAAAGAUCGAAGCCAUAGUGAAUAAACAGAUCAAGGAUGAACUGGAUGUAUUUUCGAAGGAAUCAGUGCUUUCUGAAGCCAAGCGAAUCAAAGGUCUAAGAGCAGUGUUUGGUGAAGUCUACCCUGAUCCUGUUAGAGUGGUGUCGAUUGGGAGACGGGUCGAGGACCUCUUGGCUGAUCCCGAAAACGAUGAGUGGUCAUCACUUUCUUCUGAGUUUUGUGGAGGAACCCACAUAACAAACACCCGUGAAGCGAAAGCUUUUGCUCUUCUAUCAGAAGAGGGAAUUGCUAAAGGUAUUCGUAGGGUAACUGCUGUGACUACCGAAUGUGCUUUUGAUGCAAUGAACGUGGCGUCCUCACUUGAAAAAGAAGUCGAGGAUGCAUCCAAAGCGGAGGGGAGUGCAUUGGAAAAGAAAGUUGCUGCUUUGAAAAGCCGGGUAGACUCGGCAAUUAUGCCAGCGGCCAAAAAGGCAGAUAUAAGGGCCAAGAUUGCUCUGCUUCAGAAUGAAGUGAGGAAAGCUCAAAAGAAAAUAGCAGAGCAGAACCUGAAGAUAUCAGUGAAAGUAGCAACAGAGGCAGCAGAAUCUGCAGCAUCAGAUGGGAAGACAUUCUGCAUUAUCCAGCUUGAUGUAGGUCUUGAUGCAGCUGCCGUGCGAGAAGCUGUCUCGAAAGUUAUGGAAAAGAAGGGAAUGUCGAUAAUGGUGUUCAGCACAGAUGAAACGACCAACAAGGCGGUUGUGUGUGCAGGAGUUCCAGACAAAUCUGAUAAAUUCAAGCAAUUAGACGUUACUGAGUGGCUUACUACUGCAUUGGGUCCUCUGAAAGGGAGAUGCGGGAAAGGGAAAAGUGGUCUUGCAUCUGGACAGGGAACGGAUGCCUCUCAAGUGAACGCAGCUUUGGAUCUGGCUGCAUCAUUUGCAUCACUAAAACUCAACUAAUUGAUGUGGAGGUGAUUACAGAAUCUGUGUGGUCUUGAACAACCUCUACUCAUUUGAUACCAUUGUAUACCGUUUUACUCAUUUUAAGAUCUACUGUUUUCUCAUUUCGUGGUACUUCUUAGUCAGUCAAAGUUAGGUUUGGUUUUAUAUUUAAAUAAUUU